ACUGCUGCAAAUGCCGGGAUCAAAUGAUGAUGAUAAACCAAAAUCGUCGAAAUCACCGCCAGACCGCUCAAAGAAAUCGAAAACGGUAACACACGACAGGGCAGAAGUAGGAGAAGUUUUGUGGUGUGAAAGCGACCUAUAUCUGAUCAUAGCUGCUGUAUUCCUGCUCAUACUGGGCUUGUUCAGUUUCUUUGGUGACGGAAAAUCAAAAGCACUAGCGGCUCUCAAGCUUAUCUACAUGAUUGCCUUCACUGCUGCUGUUUCCUAUGGUGUGAUUAAGAAACACGUACUCACGAUGUCUGGAGUGUUAAUAGCUACGCUCGUUAUCAUAGUGCUUGACAUUAUAAGUAUACUUGUUUCUCUAUUCGGCAGCUCUACUUUUGGUCAGGCGUUUGUUUCAAUAGUGUUUUCGAUUGCACGUAUCGUAUUUUUUGUCCACUUCUUCUUUGUGGCUAGCAGAGUUCGCAGUGUUUACAAAAGAUGGCAGGAAGAAGGACUUCCUAGAUAAUUUAUUUUUGAUUAAAUGUUUUUUUUACGAUUACCUCAAUCGCUGAAGACAAC